CGGUGCAGCCGCGGAUGGAUGCUGCGGGAAGGGGCUGCCAUUUGCUGCCCCUGCCAGCGGCGCGCGGACCUGUCCGCGCUCCCGCCGCCUCCAGCGCCCUCAGCUCGCCCGGCCUCUGCAGCGGCACCUCCUCGGCUUCCUCCGCGGCCGCCGGAGCGGUCGCCAUGAACCCCAGCUCCUCGGCGGGAGAGGAGAGAGGGGCGACGGGCGGCAGCAGCAGCAGCGGAAGCGGCGCCGGGAGCUGCUGCCUGGGCGCCGAAGGCGGCGCUGACCCGCGGAGCGCAGGGGCUGCGGCGGCUGCUGCCCUGGAGGAGCCCGCGGCCGCCGGACAGAAGGAGAAGGAAGAGGCGCUAGAGGAGAAGCUGAGGGACUUAACUUUCCGGAAGCAGGUCUCUUACAGGAAAGCCAUCUCCCGGACAGGCCUCCAGCAUCUGGCUCCAGCACAUCCUCUCGGCCUUCCUGUGGCGAACGGUCCAGCGAAGGAGCCCAGAGCAACUUUGGACUGGAGCGAGAAUGCUGUGAAUGGGGAGCACCUAUGGUUGGAGACUAACGUCUCGGGCGACCUCUGCUACCUGGGGGAGGAAAACUGCCAAGUCCGAUUUGCAAAAUCUGCGCUCAGGAGGAAGUGUGCGGUCUGCAAAAUCGUGGUGCACACAGCCUGUAUUGAGCAGCUAGAGAAGAUUAAUUUCAGAUGUAAACCAACGUUUCGGGAAGGAGGCUCCAGAUCACCAAGAGAAAACUUUGUGCGUCAUCACUGGGUUCACAGGCGGCGGCAGGAGGGAAAAUGUAAGCAGUGUGGUAAGGGCUUCCAGCAAAAGUUCUCCUUCCACAGUAAAGAGAUCGUGGCCAUCAGCUGCUCUUGGUGCAAGCAGGCGUUUCACAAUAAGGUCACCUGCUUCAUGCUGCAUCAUAUCGAGGAACCCUGCUCCCUGGGGGCUCACGCUGCGGUUAUUGUCCCACCCACCUGGAUCAUUAAGGUGAAGAAACCUCAGAACUCCCUGAAGGCUUCUAAUCGGAAGAAGAAAAGAACAAGUUUUAAAAGGAAAGCCAGUAAAAGAGGAACUGAGCAGGAAAACAAAGGUCGCCCUUUUGUGAUCAAGCCUAUCUCCUCUCCUCUCAUGAAGCCUUUGCUUGUCUUUGUGAACCCAAAGAGUGGGGGCAACCAGGGAACCAAAGUCCUUCAGAUGUUCAUGUGGUACCUGAAUCCACGGCAAGUCUUUGAUCUUUCUCAGGAAGGGCCAAAAGAUGCGCUGGAGUUGUACCGGAAGGUGCCAAAUCUUCGCAUACUGGCCUGCGGCGGGGACGGAACGGUGGGCUGGAUCCUCUCCAUCCUGGAUGAGCUGCAGCUGAGCCCACAGCCUCCCGUGGGGGUGCUUCCGCUGGGGACUGGGAAUGACCUAGCUCGGACACUCAACUGGGGAGGGGGCUACACCGAUGAGCCUGUUUCUAAGAUCCUGUGCCAGGUGGAAGAUGGGACCAUCGUACAACUGGAUCGCUGGAACCUCCAUGUGGAGAGAAACCCCGACUUGCCACCCGAAGACCUUGAAGAUGGCGUGUGUAAGCUCCCUCUGAAUGUCUUCAAUAAUUACUUCAGCCUUGGGUUUGAUGCUCACGUCACCCUGGAGUUCCAUGAAUCCCGAGAAGCGAAUCCAGAGAAAUUCAAUAGUCGGUUUCGAAAUAAAAUGUUCUAUGCAGGGGCAGCUUUUUCUGAUUUCCUACAAAGAAGUUCUAGAGAUCUAUCCAAACACGUCAAAGUUGUCUGUGAUGGGACAGAUCUCACCCCAAAGAUCCAGGACCUGAAGUUCCAGUGUAUAGUAUUUUUAAAUAUUCCCAGAUAUUGUGCUGGCACAAUGCCUUGGGGAAACCCCGGAGAUCACCAUGACUUUGAACCCCAGCGCCAUGACGACGGCUACAUUGAAGUCAUUGGCUUCACCAUGGCCUCUUUGGCUGCCUUGCAAGUCGGGGGCCACGGAGAAAGGCUGCACCAGUGUCGGGAAGUGAUGCUCCUCACUUACAAGUCCAUCCCCAUGCAAGUGGACGGGGAACCGUGUAGGUUGGCGCCCGCGAUGAUUCGGAUCUCUUUGAGGAAUCAGGCCAACAUGGUACAGAAGAGCAAGCGGAGAACCUCUAUGCCUUUGCUCAAUGACAUUCAUCAGGUGCAAGCUGCGGACCUGCGGCGAGUGUCUGCUCCCCCCGGCUCCUUCACCAUUCCCCAGUCUGUCCCAGAUCGCCUGAGGAUCCGUGUGAACAAAAUCAGUUUACAAGACUACGAAGGCCUCCACUACGACAAAGAGAAGCUCCGGGAAGCCUCCAUCCCUCUGGGUAUCCUAGUUGUUCGUGGAGACUGUGAUUUGGAGACUUGUCGUAUGUACAUAGACCGCCUACAGGAGGACUUGCAGUCAGUUUCUUCUGGGUCACAGAGAGUUCAUUACCAGGACCAAGAAACCUCCUUCCCCAGGGCGAUCUCAGCCCAGAGGCUGUCCCCUCGGUGGUGCUUCCUAGAUGCAACUUCUGCUGACCGCUUUUAUCGGAUAGACAGAUCUCAGGAACAUUUGCACUUUGUGAUGGAGAUUUCUCACGAUGAGAUUUUUAUUCUGGACCCAGAUAUGGUGGUGUCACAGCAGGCAGGGACACCUCCAGGAAUGCCUGACCUGGUGGUUGAACAGGCUUCAGGGCUGUCGGACUGGUGGAACCCUGCCCUGAGGAAACGUAUGCUGAGUGACAGUGGGCUGGGGAUGAUCACACCCCACUAUGAGGACUCAGAUAUGAAAGAUUUCAGCCACUCCAGAGUGUUACAGUCACCAGUCUCUUCAGAAGAUCAUGCAAUUUUGCAGGCAGUGAUAACUGGUGACCUUAUGAAGCUCAUAGAAAGCUAUAAGAAUGGAGGCAGCUUGCUAAUUCAGGGACCAGACCACUGUUCACUCCUUCACUACGCAGCUAAAACUGGCAAUGGGGAGAUUGUGAAGUACAUCCUUGACCAUGGACCUGCAGAAUUAUUGGAUAUGGCAGACAGUGAAACGGGUGAGACUGCACUGCACAAGGCCGCCUGCCAACGGAACCGGGCUGUGUGCCAGCUUCUGGUGGACGCAGGAGCAUCUCUGAGACAGACGGACUCCAAGGGAAAGACACCCCAAGAACGAGCACAGCAGGCUGGGGACCCAGAUUUGGCUGCUUACCUAGAAAGCCGACAGAACUAUAAGGUCAUUGGCCAUGAGGACCUGGAAACGGCUGUUUGACCCUUGACCCUGGUAGACAGGCCGAAAGAACUCGAGCAAGCGUUAUCACCUACGCCCUCCCGGCCACUGGGCAGCUCCCCUGGAAGAAGCUAAUGGAAUCCAUAUGGGCCUCUCUCCUGCAAGGAUUAAACUGAGACCACACUACCAGGUUUUAAGGGCUACGGGGAUGUACA